GGGGUCGAGGCUUCCGCAAUCUGCGGGCUGUUGCUCCUCUAGGCUGUGGGCAGCCGAGCCGCUUUGCUCGCGAUGGCCGCGGCCGUCGCUAUGGAGACAGAUGAGGCUGGAAAUCGACUUCGGUUUCAGUUGGAGUUGGAGUUCGUGCAGUGUUUAGCCAACCCCAAUUACCUUAAUUUUCUUGCCCAAAGAGGUUACUUCAAAGACAAAGCUUUUGUUAAUUAUCUUAAGUACUUGCUUUACUGGAAAGAACCAGAAUAUGCCAAGUAUCUAAAGUACCCGCAGUGCCUGCACAUGCUGGAGCUGCUGCAGUACGAGCACUUCCGCAAGGAGCUGGUGAACGCGCAGUGCGCCAAGUUCAUCGACGAGCAGCAGAUCCUGCACUGGCAGCACUACUCCCGCAAGCGGAUGCGUCUGCAGCAGGCGCUGGCCGAGCAGCAGCAGCAGAACAACGCGGCGGGGAAGUGAGAAGCCGGCCGCCGACGCGGGGCCCCUGACCGCCGCCCCCUGACCUUGGGGCCCCUGACCGCGGCCUCGGCCUCACUGCCCCUGCGCGGAGACGGGACUCUCCCAGCCGCGCCGCCGGGGAGCACCCAGAGCUGUACGUGCCGUGUGAUCCAACCCACUUUUUGUUGUUAAUAGGUUCCUUCUGUCCAACCAGAGUUGUUCUCCUGUGGUUUCCCUGUGGGUUUGUAAGUUAUCGUUAGUACUUAACCAACCGAAUAAAACAGAAACGUUA